AUGGCGCCCGCGCGCGCGCUGCUGAUCAACAACUACGAUUCGUACGCCGAAAUCCUGGCGCACGUGAUCGCGCGGUGCGAGGGCGCGAUGCCGUGGGUGAUUAAGAACGACGAGGUGCACUUUUCGGAGCUUCGAGCGGCGCUGCGAACGACGGUGACGCGCGUCGUGAUCGGGCCGGGGCCCGGGACGCCGGGUCGGGCGAGCGAUUUGGGCGUCGGCGACGCGCUCGUGCGGUCGAACGCGGCGGAAGCGCGCGAGAUGCCGAUCUUCGGGGUGUGUUUGGGGCACCAGGCGCUCGCGGCGCUCGCGGCCGGCGGCGUCGCGGAACGGAAUCCGCGCGGAGCGGUGCACGGACGCGUGUGCGGGGUGCGACACGACGGUGAGAGCGCGCUGUUUGAUGGCGUGCCGUCGGGAGGGGACGCCGGGUUCGUGGCGACGCGGUAUCACUCGUUGGCGGUGACGGCGUGCGGAGAGGAGUAUCGAGCGCGCGCGUGGGCGGAGGACGACGGGACGAUUAUGGCGAUCGAUCAUCGCGAGUUGCCGCGAUUCGGCGUGCAGUUUCACCCGGAAAGCGUGAGCACGACGUACGGGGAUAAGAUCUAUGCGAAUUUUAUGGCGAUCAGCGACCGGUGGUGGAAGACGCGAGGGCGGGCGCCGCCGAGCGGCGAAGCGAUUCCUCGCUCGCUGGGCGCGGCGGACGAGCCGACGACGCGCGCGUCGAUCCCGAUGACAGCGCGAUCGCGCGUGCGAUUAGAGUUUAAUAGUUUGGAUGUCGCGUCGUCGAGCGCGUUCACGACGGAGGGCAUAUUUUGGAGUUUGUUUGGCGGCGUCGAAGGCGACGCGGGCGACGUGGCGCGCGACUGCUUUUGGCUCGAUUCCGCGGACGAGUCCAAGGGGCGGUUUAGCUUUAUGGGCGCGCGUGGGGGGUCGAUGUGGCGACGCGUGCGAUAUAAUCUCGCGUCCGCGCCCGAGCGCGACGCGGACACGGUCGAAGAUAACGGAAAGGUGUCCUCAACAACGACGACGCUCGAGCGUGGAUUCGUGUCUUGGCUCGACGACGAGCUUCAGAGAAGAACGCUCAACGAAUCGGACGCCGCGGCGUUGCCGUUCGAUUUCCAAGGUGGUUUUGUGGGGUAUUUAGGCUAUGAAUUGCGCGACGAGUGCGAUUCGCUUCCGCCGAAGUACGAUUCGCCGCUCCCGGACGCGGCGUUCUUCUUGGCCGAUCGCUUCGUCGCGUUCGAUCACGUCGAGCGCCAGGCGUACAUCGUGGGUGUUUACGAAGAAGACGACGCUCGCGGACGCGAUGCGACGCAAUCGUGGGUCGCGGCGACGACUCGCGAGGUCUCGCGCCUGGCGACGGAGACCGUCGAGGCUUCGGAUUCGCCGCCGACGACCUCGCCGCCGAUGUCAUCGACCGAGUUACUCGAGAAGACCGGUUUCAAGUGGCGCCGCGAUCGCGAUGAGUACAUAUCGGACAUCAAAGCAAGUCAAGACGCCAUCGAGGCGGGGGAAACGUACGAAGUGUGUUUGACGAACAUGUUGCGCCGAACUGGUUCGCGCGCGGAGCCGCGCCGGCUCUAUUCUGAGCUUCGCCGUAGUAACGCCGCGCCUUAUGCCGCGCUUCUGAGCAUUGGCGGCGACGAACACCCGUUGGUGAUUUCAUGUUGCUCCCCCGAACGGUUUUUACGCCACACCACCGAGGGUGCGCUCGAGGCGAAGCCGAUUAAAGGCACGUGCAAGCGUCUCGAACCGCUCGGCGGCGCCGCAGACCGCGCCGCCGCGCUCGCCCUCGAGCGCAACGUCAAGGACCGUGCAGAAAAUUUGAUGAUCGUUGACUUGUUGCGAAACGAUCUCGCGCGCGUGUGCGACGUGGGCACUGUCGAGGUCCCAGGAUUGAUGCAAAUUGAAUCCUACGCCACAGUGCACCAACUCGUCAGCACGGUUCGAGGUCGCCGACGCGACGACGUCACCCCGAUGCAUGUCGUCCGCGCCACCUAUCCGGGCGGUAGUAUGACAGGUGCGCCAAAAAUACGUACUAUGGAAAUCAUCGACGCCUUGGAAACCGGUCCGCGGAUGGUUUACAGCGGUUCGAUCGGAUUCUUUUCGCUUUCGCGCGCCUUCGAUCUGAACAUCGUCAUCCGAAGCGUGCUCUCGCGCGGCGACGAGCAGUGGAUCGGCGCGGGAGGCGCGAUCACCAUUCUCAGUGAUCCAGUGUCGGAGUGGGAGGAAAUAGAGCUCAAGGCGAGCGCCAUCUUGCGCGCGGUCGCGCGUGUAGACCCAUAG